UGACACAAAAGCUCUGAUGCCAGCCGAAGAAACCGUAAAAAGACGAUUAAGGAGACAAAAAUCGAAAAACAAUCCAAUUAAUCCUAACCAUCUUAAUCAAUUAGUUAUUGAGAAUGAUUGGUGUUAUUUGGAUGACAAAUUAACACGAUUUUUGUUGCACGAUAACGGAAUUGACGAAACUGAACGGAUAAUUGUUUUUGCAACAGAUAAUUGUUUAAAAUAUUUAACUGAAGCUUCUAUCUGGUAUAUGGACGGAAAUUUUUCAAUGGCUCCACUAAUAUUCCAACAACUCUACGUCAUUCGUGUUAAAGUACAUAGUGUUUUUAUAACAGCCGCUUUUAUUUUACUUAAAAAUAAAACAGAAUCGAGUUACGAAGAAAUGCUUAAAAUCAUAAUACAUAAAUUUGCUGAAAGAAAUUUGUUUCCGGAUCCACAAAUAAUUAAUGUGGACUUUGAAAAAGCAGUAAUCAAUGCUAUAAAAACUGUUAUUGGAGAAGAUGUACAAAUCCAAGGAUGCUUUUUCCAUCUCUGUCAAAGUACACACAGAAAAAUACAACAGUUAGGUCUUGAACAAUUGUAUAGGUCAAAUGAAGAGUUUGCCCAUUUUUGUGGCAUGUUAGACAGCCUGGCGUUUUUACCAAUAAAUGAUAUUAAUACAGGUAACUAG